UGUUACUCCUAUAGCACAGAUAUAACUUGGGUAGUGGCAGGGACACAACCUUGGAGGGGCCAUCACUAAGGGGAAGGUUAAAUUAUGCUGAACCUUGGCCUCUCUCCUGAGCCUGCCACCAAGUAAGUAGGGGGCAGCUAGUCCCAGCUGGUCUGGUGGAUCUCCCACUAGAAUGUGUCCUGAGCACUGCCCUUCAUCUCAAAUGAGUGGUCCAAUGUAGGCAUGUGAGAGAAGAGGCUGAAUAUGCUCAGUGGUUUAUAUGUAGCCAUUAGUUGUUUAUUUUGGCUUUUGUCUGCAUAGAGAAAAUGCUCUAAGUGCUCUGUGUGACUCCAGGCACUCUCCUUUUAUGCUGCAUUGGGCAGUUGCACGGGGAGUCUAUGGCAAGUUGUAUUGCUUCUCUUUCCGUGACCUUUGCAUCAUUGCUUAGUUUGCAACUGAUGAAUCUGCAUAUGAUCAUCUGUCUGGGAAAAAAUUGGCCAGAUUGUUAGUAAGGAGCCUCCCUGACAUGGUGCUUGCUCAUGUGCCAAUGGUGGCAUCCCUGAUACUAACAGACUCCAGCAAAACCUAUCAAAUCUCCCCACAUUUCACCUAUUUUUCCCUUGCAGCAUUCCAGCUUCCUUCUUCCCUGUCUAUUCAAAAAGGUACUGAUUGUCUCUCACCUUGGCUAUUAUAAACUCCUUUUUUCUGCUUCCUCUUAACACCUAGUCUUAACACCUAGUUUUCAGUCCACCCGAAAUGUGGCUAGAAAAAUAUCUAGUCUGGUGUGUUAUCUGCCUCCUGUUAAAAUCCUAUAAAUUUCCUUCCUCCCUCUCUACCACUGAAGUGCGUUACUCUCCUCUGGUAGGUGCAGCCAAAGUGCCUCUAGUUUACAACCAGGUUCUCCUUUCUCAUUAGAGCAGAGGCAAAUUCAGGUAGAAGAAAAUUGGCAAUGUUUCCCCAAGUUCUGCUAACAAUACAGUCUCCACACGCUCAUAGCAUCAAAGUAAAUGCUAUGCAGAAUACUUCAUGCAGAUUCUCAUACAAUACUCCUGCUGCUUUCUAGUGUAUUUUGGUGAGACUCAGAAGAGUUAAAUGUUAACCUUUACGUUGCCAACACUAGGCAGCAUCCUGUGUUUCUUGUCUUGGUGAUUCCAGAAAGAAUAUGACCCUUAGCUGCUAAAAAGAGAUUAAUAGGGACUGAAGGAGCCUGGAGUGUAGCUGAUUUCUGGAAUAUCCUAUUCUUUCAACCUGAGCUGCUUCACUUCCCUUUAUAAUUCCCAGUGGUCAGUAAGAUCAGAGUUCAUGAAUACUGAGCUGAGCUAGUGUGUGAGCUCAGUCUCUUCUAUUGGACAGUCCUGAAACCGCUCAACUGAGUGACCCAGAUCCUUCUUGGCUAACACCAGAGGGGCAUUCUCUUUAGGCUGAGAUUGCAGGGGCCUGUGCAUCUGGAGCAGCAGUUGCCGAGCUCUGUCCCUGAUAGUGCUGUGGGUUUUAAUGCAGUGAUGGUGUACAGCAAACCAUAAAGGUAAUGCUGGCUCCAAGAGCCUUUAAAGGCCAAGUUCCAACUCCACUGAAGCCAAUGUUAGGCUAGGAGAGGACAAGAACAGACUUUCCUCUUAAAAUGAUGCACCAACAUUGACUAUGACCACAUAUAGCCUAUGAUAAAUGUAUUGUACAGGCAUUGUAGCCUCAGAAUACCUUCUUAUCUAACAGGAACAGCUGAACCUCAUAUAGCUGAUAUUAUAGGCUUAAACGGACCAUAUGCCUAUUAUCUUAAAGAAGAUUGCAAUGAUGUCAAUAGGACUUGUUCUCAGAAGUCACUUAGGUUGCUUUUGAAAAUCCUUCCUUAAAUGAUUAUUCUGUUACCUGUCCAUAUUUUUCCAUUCUUCUUCCUUCUGAGCUCUUAACCCAAAACACACUCUGUUUCUCUCUGUCCUCCCUUCCCCCAGCUUGCCUUGAUGCUGUCUGAAUCAUUGGGCCAUUUGAAAAGGAGAGUUUUCACUUCAUCUGAGUAGUAGAAAGAACCUGAGCACUUUGAAUUUGUUUGAUGUAGUCCAAAAGCCUUGUGAUCCAUUAUUAAAUGCUUUGCCUUGUACAAUUGGCUUUGCUUCUAUUAAAUUAAACAUGUGAUGAUGUUCCCUUUGUACAGUCCAAACCCUAGAUUGCACCUGCACCCAGAGAUGUAAAGGGUUGGGAGUGUCAGUGAGGGUGACUGGGACCAAGAGGACACUGUUGAAAAUAUCAUAUGAGGGCAAGCUGCACUCGAACAGGUAGAAAUCAGGACUGAGAGCUGAGAGAGUGGGGUUUCUAGCUUGGUCCUGCCACUGAUUUAUUGCCUGAUCUUAGGUAAGUUGUUUUUCUUCUGUGUCUGUUCCUUCAUUUGUAAAAUUGAACUGACUGGAAAAUUUCAGCCAAAAUUGGGUUAAGCCAUUUGACACUGAAGGUGUGUGGUGGCUCCUUACUUAUGGGAGAAUGUAGCAAAGUGCAAAAGUAUUGUUUGUUACCCAGCUUUAAAAAGCUCACUGGAAGAAACGGGGAGAAAGGGGGGACACUGUUGCUUUAAGAGCAUCUGUGAAAGUGUUGCUACUGGAAGCUGCUCUGUGAGACAGCCAGCUGGGAAAGUGCUGCUAAUAAAGGGAAAGGAGCUUCAGCUCCAGAUCUUUGAGCCUGUAUGUGACAGGGAGUGAGACAGGGAACAAAUCAGGAGCACAGUUAGUGCCCAGUGGGAAGAGGGCACAGAGACCCUGAUAAACUUGCUGUAGCCAAACAGCAGAGGGGAUUAGAAAGCAACAGUGACCAGCCCAUCAUUCUUAUAGACACCAAGAAGCAACAUGGAUCUCCCACAAGGCAUUUGGGUUUCAUCUGAUUGCUCAGACAGGGGCUCUUUCUAAGCCCACCUGCACUGCUCCCAGGGAGGAGGUGGGAGGAUCAAGGGGGAAAAAAGGGUUCUUUCACUGUCUGGGAAUCCCAGAGAUGUGAUCACAAAGUCUUGACUACUGUGCAAGGAAGAGCAUCCUUGGCACUUAGAGGAGCAAGUGGGGGGGGUGUGUGUGUGAAUCCCAGGUCCAGAGGCACUGGUGGCCCUAGAUGCUUGGACUAAUUCAGGACCUGACACCUGUAACUCAGUGAGCAAGUGCAACUACUUUCAGAGGAAACAGAAGCUUUCCCUGUCUAUGCUUUUUUCCCCUCCUUUUCUUCAAGUAAGAUGGAGAGUGAAAGAUUAUCCAGCACUGAACAGGCACUGAUACGAGAAAGCUGGCAGAAAGUGAGUGGCGACCCCCUGCAGCAUGGCAUCAUCUUGUUUACCAGGUUGUUUGAUCUGGAUCCUGACCUCCUGCCCCUCUUCCAGUACAACUGUAGACAGUUCUCCAGCCCGCAAGAAUGCCUCUCUUCCCCUGAGUUCCUGGAUCAUAUAAGGAAGGUCAUGCUGGUGAUAGAUGCAGCUGUGACUCAGUUGGAGAACUUACUGUGUCUGGAAGAAUAUCUCUGCAACCUGGGUAAGAAGCACCAGGCAGUUGGCGUGAAGAUGGAUUCUUUCUCGGCUGUGGGAGACUCGUUGCUGUACAUGCUGGAGAAAUGCCUUGGCACUGCCUUCAGUCCAGACAUGCGAGAGGCUUGGACCAGGCUCUACGAUGCUGUGGUGAAAGCCAUGAGCCGUGGCUGGGAGGCACAUGGGGAAGCGGAAUAGAUCCAGCAAUCUGUUAGGAUCUGCUCCCAGCCCAUCAACAGUUCUGUGGACAGAGCACCUCUUCUUCCAGCUGUGAACGUUCUGGGGCCUUCUCAGUAGUUCUCUCCAUCUUGCUUCACCAUUACCCACAUCUCUGCCUCUGAUGGUGACCAAUGCAGUCCCUUGAAGGCAUAUCAACAGCAAAGUGAAGGUAUAAGAGCAGCAUGGGCAGGUGUAUCAGGGUAGUAUCUAGGUAGUUUGGGUAAUGCAGCAGUGAAGACACAGUGGCAUGGGCUUCAUUGUGGACAAAGUAUAAGCCCACUGGGGCCCUGGGAAUGUACUGUCAUCACUAGCCCAUAUGACCAUGUUUUCACUGCUCUUGUUACCUGGGUCAGCUACAGUAAAGCUGAUCUGAGCGUGUCUGCAUGAAUUGCAAUGGCCCUUUAAACCUAUGUGUAACAAGUGGGCAUCCUGGGGCUGGUCUGAGCAUAGGUCUGCCUACUUACUUCAGGGCAAACCACCUGCCUACCUCAUCUGCCAUGCCUUUGAUGAUACUAGUUAGAAUAUGGUGACAAGGUGGGA